GGAGAGGCUUCCCGGCCUCUGCUCUUCAAACCAAAGUACUACAGGGGACAUGAGUCCCAGAGUUACAGGACCCCAGCUAUGGUUCAUGUGUAAAGGGAACCAUUAGGUAACCAGUGGAAAUGAUAAAGAAGAUCUAUAUUUACAGAUGUGGAAAGAUGUUCGUGGUAUAUUGUUAAAUUUAAAAAGCUGUUUAAAAAUAGGUUUUGGAUCAAGUGAGAUGACUCACUUAUACUUUUAGUAUAAGUAUGUCCCACGCAGGAUUUGGAACAUACUUGUACUAAGCGGUUUCUCCCUCCAUUAGCACAUCCCAAGCAUCCAGGCAGCUGCUGGCCUCCAGCAACCCGGCAUUCUAGUUGUGUGGGAGUGGGGUGUGGCGUGAACCCUGUGGGCUACCACUGCACUGACCUGCUUCUCCAUAAAUUAGUAUUUGUAUUUGUGGUAAACCCAGUGACACAGGGAAGAUGACAUACAAAAAGGGCAGGACCUGAGAAAGGUUAAGCUGCAGGCUCCCUGCCCACAAAACAGGGUGUGAAAGGCAUCUGAGCAGCUGCCCCACCAUGGUUACCUGGGCCCUCCUUCUCCUUGCAGCCAUGCUCCUGGGCAACCCAGGCCUUGGGGUCAGUGUGAGCCCCAAGGGCAAGGACACUUCUGGAAGGGAGAGUGGAUUUGGCUGGGCCAUCUGGCUGGAAGGUUUGGUCUUCUCUCGUCUGAGCCCUGAGUACUAUGAAGUGGCAACAGCCCACCUGUGUGACAAGGAGCAAUCCUGCCCGUGCCUGGCCCAGGAGGGCCCCCAGGGUGACCUGUUGAUCAAAAUGCAGGAGCUGGACUUCGACUGCAAGAUCUGUCUGAGGAUAAUCCAGACACUGAAGGCUAUGGUGAAUGAGCCCACCCAGAGAAGCAUUUCCAGUGCUGAGGCCCGUGUGUGUAGGAUGGUGAGGUCACAAUGGCGCGACGUCUGCAAAAAUUUCAUGAGGAGGUAUCAGCCUAGAGUUACCCAGGGCCUCCUGGCCGGAGAAACUGCCCAGAAGAUCUGUGUGGACCUCAGGUUGUGUGAACCUUCUAUGGGUGAGUGCAGAGGUGACAGCAGGGAUGCCUCCUGAGGGGUGGAGACAGUUUCCCCCAGGAUAUAUCAAAGCUGCCUUCUUAGGACACAUUACUCCCCCAUCUCCCAGCACAGGAAAGUGUGGAGAAUUGAGCAGAUGGACUUUAGCUAGAAAUGUUUGAGAAAUACUGAUUAGAGCUUGGGCUUUAGACACAGGUGGUCGUGGAGUAAAAUCUGGUCUCCAUCUCUCCCUGGCUGUGUGACUUUAAGCAAAUAACUUGACCUCUCUGAGCUUCAGUUUCUUCAUCUGUGAAGGGGAGAUAGCAAUCCUGAUUUUUGAGAUUGGAAUGAGAAUUGAAGGAGGUCACCGUGUGCGUAGACCUGACCCUGGAGAAAUGUCCUCAGACUGAGGCUAUUCAAGGUCAUCAGACCCUCAGUCAAACUCCAAUCCCCAGCCCAGCAUGGGUCCCUGGGGUCGGGAACUGGGGCCACAUCCUCCCCCACAAUUCUGGGUCCUGAGAGCUGGGCUAGGGAACCCUUCAGGCAGGGGAGCGUGAGGCCUUUCCCUCCAUGACUGCCCAGGCUGUGCCUGGAGAGAACAGGACUGGGCUGUAGGAAGUGGGGCCAGAAAGGGGCCUUGGUGAUUGGCUUUGGCAGCUCAGCUGGCACUUGCUAAUGCUCUGGGAUUCUGUGCUAGCAGAUCGGGGGUGCCCACGAUUUCCUGUCAUUGGAGCUUGUGACUUUUCUAUUCAAGGCCCCACAACCUGCUCAGGCUGCCGACUGGCUUCCAGGAUGUGCCACUGGGUGUGUUCAGUAGGGACGGGUGGCUGCGAGACCUUAAGCAAGUAACAUUCUGAGUGCCUGCUUCCCCAUGGGGACCCACCACAUCUGCCCACAGCUGGCUGUUCUCUCU